AUGUCAUGCAAUUAUGCUGAUGGACUAUCACCAUAUGAUGACAAAGGAAUACUUGGCGUUCCAGAGAAAUUUGACUCUGCUGAAAAGUUGAGAGAAAAAAGUCAGAUAUUAGCUGAUUUAAUAAAGGAUAGUAAACAUAUAGUUAUUCACACAGGAGCUGGGAUCAGUACAUCAGCAGGGAUACCUGAUUUCAGGGGCCCAAAUGGUGUUUGGACUCUUGAGAGAGAAGGAAAGAGACCCAAUAUUAAUGUAUCAUUUUCUGAUGCUAAACCAACUAAGACCCACAUGAUAUUGAAGAAAUUAGUUGAAAGUAAUAUAAUACAGUAUGUUAUUAGUCAAAACAUAGAUGGCUUGCAUUUAAAGUCAGGGUUAUCCAGGAAAUAUUUGGCUGAACUUCAUGGAAAUAUGUUUGUGGAUGAGUGUAAUCUGUGUAAGAGGCAGUAUGUUCGUAAUACCCCAGUGGAAACUGUAGGCAAGAAAUGUAGUGGUGUACCCUGUGGGGCAGUACAUAUAGGGGGUCGGUCUUGUCGUGGACGCUUGUAUGAUGCUGUGUUAGACUGGGAGCACAGUUUACCUGAAAAUGAUCUCUUAGCUGCAGAGUUGCACUCAAGCAUUGCAGAUUUAAGCAUUUGUUUGGGUACAACACUACAAAUUGUUCCCAGUGGUAAUUUGCCAUUAGAGACUGUGAAGUAUGGAGGAAAGCUAGUUAUUUGCAACCUACAGCCAACAAAACAUGAUAACAAAGCUGAUUUAGUGAUUAAUUACUAUGUAGAUGAAGUUUUAGAGAGUGUUAUGAAGAUCUUGAAUAUUGCUAUCCCCACUUAUAAUGAACAAGACAAUUUCAUAAAAUUAGCAGAACAUUCCAUAAUUGACUGGACUAUAAAUAGAAAAGACAUAAUUGCUCUAGAAAAAAUAUAUAAAGCUAAAUGUAAAGGGGUUAAGAAAAAACGAAUUCUUAUCAAAAAUAAAAUAGAUGGUAUUUUAGAGGACAAGGUAAAAAUUAUUAAAUUAGAAAUUAAGGAUGAAAUUAAAUCUGAAAUAAAAUAG